GAGUUGUAGGGUUAAGAGGAGUCUUACACCUACGCUGUCACUGUCAGCUGAUUCAUUCUCUCGCUAAUCAGUUUUUAUGCGUCUUUCACUUUUUUCUCUCUCUCUCUCUCUCUCCUCCUUCACGUUGAAACGCAAGAGGUGUUUCACUGUCUCUUUGAUGCGAUCAUUGAGGAACGAUUAAUGAAUGGAAUCUUGCGCAAAAUGUUUUUGUAACGAAACACCAGGCGAGCUGCAUCGCGUUUUCCGAGAAAUUCAGACCAAUCAGUCCGAAAUUAUGUGACGGUGCCCAAAAUAUCCGAGAGCGAUGGCAUCGAUCUGUCGACGCUGGAGAUUAUGGAUAUUGCCCGUGCUGACUUGCCUAUAUGCACUGAUCAUUGUUAUACUCGUACCAAUCUUGUUGGUUAAUUCUAUUAAGAAUGGCUUCAAGAAGCAGGAUCAGGGUGCAUUGGUGGGUGGUGCUUUCGUUUUGCUGGCACUGCCCAUUGCCUUUUAUGAAAUUGUCCAGCAUAUGAUAUACUAUACGCAACCUAGGCUACAGAAAUAUAUAAUAAGGAUAUUGUGGAUGGUACCCAUCUAUGCAGUGAAUGCUUGGUUAGGUCUGGUAUACCCCAAAGGCAGUAUAUACGUAGACAGUUUGAGAGAAUGCUACGAAGCUUAUGUAAUAUACAAUUUUAUGAUGUAUCUAUUGGCCUAUCUGAACGCUGAUCACCAAUUGGAGCAUAGACUGGAGAUUUCCCCUCAAGUACAUCACAUGUUCCCUCUGUGCUGUCUUCCCGAUUGGGAAAUGGGGAGAGAGUUUGUACAUAUGUGCAAGCAUGGAAUUUUACAAUAUACAGCUGUCAGGCCUAUAACAACUGCAAUUUCAUUCAUCUGCGAGCUGAAUGGAGUUUACGGAGAGGGCGAAUUCCGAGGAAACGUGGCUUUCCCUUACAUGAUCGCUCUAAAUAAUCUGUCGCAAUUCGUUGCCAUGUACUGUCUGGUACUUUUUUAUCGUGCCAAUGCGGAAGCUUUGAAGCCAAUGAAACCAGUCGGAAAAUUCCUAUGUAUUAAAGCUGUAGUAUUCUUCUCAUUCUUUCAAGGAGUGAUAAUAUCUCUAUUAGUAUACUUCGACGUUAUAUCUAGUAUUUUUAAUACGGACGAUACGGACUAUAUCAGGAAUAUAUCGUCAAAGUUGCAGGAUUUCCUAAUUUGCAUAGAAAUGUUUUUAGCUGCUGUAGCUCACCAUUACAGUUUUUCUUACAAACCAUUCGUCAAUUUAGCGCAAGGUCAAGCAUGGUGGGACGCAUUUAGAGCAAUGUGGGACGUUUCCGACGUGCAUAACGAUAUAAAAGAGCACUUGGGCGUCGUCGGCUCGUCUCUAAGUCGCAGGAUACGUGGACGCGGCGCAUAUCAGCAGGCUUGGGGCAGCGCGACUGAGCGCACGUCGCUGUUACCCGAGGGUACGGUGGCGACGGCCAGAAGCGCUCCUGCCUGCUCAUUCUCGGGCUACCACACGGCCGAGGCCGGGCCGAACAAUAAUCCAUCCGCUGGCGAGUUCGAGGAAGCGGUGGCGGAUGUGCAGGAUAACAGUAAUACCGUCAACACGUAGCCAGAUAUCGAAAUCCAUCCGCCCGGUAUUCGCCGAUCGGUGUUUGCGAGGACCGGCGCACUUUAGCAGAGAGAUGACUCCUUAGUAUUAUUUUUAAGCGAGAAAAAGUAUAUAGUUUUGCAACAGCGCGCUCCUCCCGUGCUCUUGUACAAAUCAUCGUCGUCGUCACCAUAAUACACCUGCUGUCACAUCACACACACGUCGUAUCGCGUUCACACCGGAUAGAGCUGCACGGAAUAUAUUCCGAUAUCGAUACCGUGGAAAAUACCACCAGCUUGUAAUCGCGAUUAUUAAUUCGGAGGGUGAUUUGACUGAAAGUUUAAUAUAAGUAACAUUUUUCUAAAUGAGUCGAGUUCGAAAAGUCGAUUGAAGAAGAAGAAGAAGAACGCGAUUCCUGCCGUUUGCUUUCCCUCUCGUAACGCCGAUCCCGAGUCGACCGAGGGGGAGUCUUUAGCGAAUAAAGGGACAUCCGGUGGGUAUGCGACAACCUGUAUAAAAAAACGCACGAUCCAAAACUUUUAGAAAAUUUGAUACUGCGUCGAUACGCAAGUGGCGAGUUUUGCGGAAGAAACGGAGAACCGCUUGCUACGUUCUUUACUUUGCGAGAAACGCUCGUACGCUUUACGUUACCAAUGAUGUACUCUACCAAAUAAUGUACAUACGUUUGUACACGUACAUAGAAGAAACACCACCCGUACAAUGAUACACUUGUACAUACCUUGGACGACCAACGUGUCUUGAUCACAUGACGCGUCUGAUAAAUGUACACACCCGGCACCGUCGGUGCAUUUCAGUUUCAGUGCGGACCUCUUCCGGGUCAGGCGCAUCAAUUUUGUGUCCAGAUACUGGGUGAAUCGAUGAUCUGUUUGCGAUAUAUUUUGUACGACUAUAUACACACAGUAGAAAAAUUUGGUGUUAAAAACGGUUUACUGAAAUCUUGUGUUAACAUAGGAAAUAUGUUUAAAAAUUAAACCAUAUGUUGACAAGUUGAAUGUGUUAAUUUAAUAUUAUAUUUGUAUACUUUUAAUACACUCCCCAUGUUGAAAUAACGCAAAAUUUUCUACUGUGCAAGCAAAAGAUACAUUCUACUCGAGCUAAAGCUUAUAAAUCAAGACUGAAAGUCACUGACGAUGCCGUGUCUUAUUUUUCUCGAUAUAUAUUAAACAAGGGUCACAAAAAAAAACAGCCAUAUCCGGUUUACAUUAGGCACUCAGAAUCUCUGCAAUCCUUCUUCGCUUUGUACGUACACACGCGAGUAUAAUCCGCACUGUAUUUAUAAUUUAAACUUAUUUUAUAUAUAAUUACAGUAUAUAUAUGUAUCAGAAAUAAAGGCUGUGUACGUUUACUACAAAAUCA